GAGAGAUGAUUCCUGCACUUACACUCGUCCUCUUUGCUUUAGGAUUCUUCCAGACAGGUCUCACAUCUGUAAUCCAGUCUGUGGAGACUGUGGAGGAGGCAGUGGGAGAAGAUGCUUUCCUCAGCUGUCAGAUCCUACUGUCUAAACAUGUGGUGCAGGUCACAUGGCAGAAACAGACACAGGAUGGGGUGAUCAAUCUCGCCAUCUCUAACAAUAUCAAUGGCUCCAGGGUGAUCCCGUACUUCAGAGGCAAAGUGGAGGUCAUAGGUCGUGGACUGCACAACAGCUCCAUAGUGAUCAAGAAUGUGAUGGAGGAGGAUGAAGACUGCUACCUCUGCCUCUUCAUCACCAACCCUGAUGGAGCGCUCACUGGCAGAACCAGCCUCAAGGUCUAUGGACGACCUGCUCCAACCGUAACUCUCAACCUCACACAGCAAGACUUCUACCUCUCACAGAACCAAACUGUGGUGAUCAACACAAACGGUACAUUCACUGUCACUGCCACAGCCGUGUUGGCAGGUUUCCAGGACGCCGGCACACGGGUUGGAUGUGCCGUGCAGGUGCUCUCCCGACGUAAAGAGGCAUUUGUGGAGAUUCCUGACGUGAAACUGACGCCUCCUAGUGGUUUGGAUGAGGGAUCUGGAUCUGCUAGCAGAAGCUUCAUCGGGACGUGGAUUGUGGUAGUGACCUUCCUUUGCACUGCUUCAGCUUUAGCUGUCGUGUUAAUAUGGAAACUAAGGAGCAGUCCGUCACACAGAGACCAGGAGAAGACCGAGGUUCCUCAAAUUGCAGACGCUGACACGGUCCAAGUAGCUUUGUCCACACUAGAGAAGAGCUCGGUCAGAAAACGGUCACCUCCUUCAGAAUCCAAGCAGAGAAAUGCGACAGACCCUGAGUCCCCUUCAACAGUCAGAAGUCUUCAAUUUUAACUCGUAGGUGGACCUCAGGUCUCCACUGAAAGUCCAAUGUUCUCUACUGUAGACGGAGCUUUUUCAUCCAGAGAUAUUUAAAUUUCCUUUUUUAUUUUCAUGUUCCAUCUGUUGCGUGUUAGAAGCGUCUUCGACCCUCUACUCGUUCGUUUUGAACCCAGCGAGGGAACCCCCGGACUUUCUCAAGUCUUUACACUAGGGGGCAAAAAAAUGUGUCUGCUUUCAGACGUGCACUGAACUUCAAAGAUCCUUCAGAUGGAUUCAACCAAUACAAUGAGUCACAUGAUGAGGUCGACUAGUUGUGUGGGACUUUGUGUGUUUCUAUUGUGAAGAGCAGUAGUGAAGUGACUAGGUUCUCUUCAUUUUUAGUACCGUUAAGUUGUUCUGGUGGUGUAAGGGUUUACAAGUGUUGUUAAUUUACUGAUAUCUAGAUAGUUUCUGUUCCUUUUUGACAUUUGUCAGUGUGUAUUCAUUUUGCAGUAUUCAUGGUUCUUCGUAUGGGUAGAGUGCGAUACAAGAAGAGAGAGUGGAGUCAGCCAAGGUCUUACUUGAUUCUUGAUACGUGUCAAUUUCAUAUUGUUUUUGGAAGUUUGUGGCAGCUAAUGUUAAAUUGUUAAAUCAUUCUUAAUUUAAAGUGACAUAAUGUUGAACAGUGCCUUGUUCACCUACAGUAGUUUUAAAUACUGAGAGGAGAGGGAUAUUUAUAUAUUGUGGCUGAUGUUUUUCUACUUAUUUUGUUUAAUUUGAUG